AUGCAACAAGCCACAACACAGGCCAACCAAUCUUCAUCAUCGGAAGAAGCAGAUCAAGUACUUCCAAACAAUACCAUCUACAUUAAUAAUAUUAACGAAAAGAUCAAAGUUCCUACAUUGAAAAAACAAUUAUACACCAUGUUUUCUCAGUUCGGAGAAAUUCUAGAUAUUAUUGCUAGUAGAUAUGAAAAGACGAGAGGACAGGCUUGGAUUGUGUUCAAAGAUGUUGCCACUGCUACAGCAGCCAAAAAGAAAUAUGAUGGAUUCAUAUUUCAUGACAAGCCUUUCCGUAUAAACUUUGCCAAAACAAAGAGUGAUGCUACAGCCGCUCUUGAAGGAAAUUUGGAAGAACACAAGCGAAAGAGAACAGAAGAAAAACGAACAAAGCUCGGAAUGGAACCUGAAACUAAAAAGACCAAGAAAACUAAAUCCGAUACGUCCAAGCCAUCAUCUAAGAUUGAAGAGAAUCAAGUUCCAAACAAUAUUCUUUUUAUCGAAAAUCUUCCAAAAGAUAUUGAAAAGAGUAGUGAGCUUGUUGAAACAUUAUUCAGCAAUUAUGAUGGAUUCAAGAGGUUGAAGCUAGUGGGCGAGAAGGGUGUAGGAUUUGUGGAGUACGAAACUGUGGAACAAGCAACAGCAGCCAAGGAAGCUCUUCAAUUUUGGAAAAUCAAGCAACAGCCAAUGCGUAUCAGCUUCAAAAAGUAA